AUGAAGAAAGAUGAAGGAUGUGGUGGUGAAGUGGAGGAACCGAAGAUGUGGACACAAUCUCAUCACCUGUCGUGGCGAGAGAGUGGUCAGAAUCCUCUCAAGCUGAACAUCCGCAUCCUGAGCUUCUUUGGACAGUGGCCCUUGAGCGACUCCUGGCUGUACCGAGCCUACACCGUUCUCAGCUUGGUGUCCAUAGCGGUCUCGUUGGCCAUGCGCGUCGUGGGCACGUGCCUCCUGGAGGGCUUGGAAGAAGUCACCUCCGCCCUGACGGCAUUCCUACCGAUGGUCACCGGCUUGACGAAGGCGCUGCUCCUCCUGUGCUACCAGCCAGACUUCAACCGGCUCGUGCAUCGCCUCGACGCUUUGAUCCUGGAACAGGGAGGGUCCUGGGGUCAGAUGAAGUCUGUACCUGUCUUCGAGGAGGCCCACAGGCGGACACUGGUGAUGACAGUACUGGUGAACCUCUACUUUGGGGUGGUGAGCGUCUACUGGCCGAUGGUGCCGCUACUGGAGGACUCUGAGACCAGGCGACUGCCCUUCGUUCAGCUUCCUUGGUUGAAGGCUCCGGACGCCGUUCACUACUGGUUUGUGUUCUUCCUGCAGACCUACACGACGGAAGCCGCUGGCCUCAUCACGAUCAACGUCGAGCUGUACUUUUAA